AUGCUAUCUAAAUCAGAAAAGAACAUUGACCUCUUGGCAGGUAACAUGAGCAAUCUGAGUUUCGACGGACCUGGAGCUCCUAGAGAUGGUGAGCUAUUUAAUUCCAACCAAAACAUUACGAAGAGAAGAGUGAGGCCCUACGGUAUCAACGAUUCGCCUUCUCCGGUAAAAUCAUCUCUUUUCGCUUACGAAGACAGCUCCAACAUGGAUAUCGACGAAACCUCUCAAAGCGAUAUGGAUAUCACGAACUCUCCUAAAAAACUCCCCCCAAAAUUCUACGAAAGAGCAACCUCGAAUAAAACCCAGAGAGUUGUUAGCGUUUGCAAAAUGUACUUCCUGGAGUAUUAUUGUGAUAUGUUCGACUAUGUGAUUAGUAGAAGACAGCGUACCAAACAAGUACUAGAAUACUUGCAACAGAAAAGCCAACUUCCAGAUUGUGAUCAGCUAAAGCUCAAUGAGGAGUGGUCCGCUUACUUACAAAAGGAACAUCAAGUUCUUAGAAAAAGAAGAUUGAAACCUAAAAACAAGGAUUUUGAAAUGAUCACACAAGUCGGCCAAGGUGGUUAUGGACAGGUUUAUCUGGCUAUAAAGAAAGACACAAAAGAAGUAUGCGCUUUAAAGAUUCUGAACAAAAAAUUACUUUAUAAGUUGAACGAAACUAAACACGUUUUAACUGAAAGAGAUAUUCUGACCACCACAAGAUCGGAAUGGUUAGUGAAGCUUCUAUAUGCAUUUCAAGAUCAACAAAGUUUAUAUCUCGCUAUGGAGUUCGUGCCAGGAGGUGAUUUUCGCACAUUGCUGAUAAAUACCAGGUGCUUGAAAAGCGGUCAUGCCAGAUUUUAUAUUAGUGAAAUGUUUUGUGCAGUCAACUCGUUACAUGAUUUAGGCUAUACACAUAGAGAUUUAAAACCAGAGAACUUUUUAAUAGAUGCUAAGGGACAUAUAAAACUGACAGAUUUUGGCUUAGCUGCCGGGACGAUUUCUAAUGAAAGAAUUGAAAGUAUGAAAAUAAGACUAGAAAAAAUUAAGGAUUUGGAAUUUCCAGCAUUCACUGAAAAAUCUAUAGAAGAUAGAAGAAAAAUGUACAAUCAACUAAGGGAGAAGGAAGUCAAUUAUGCAAAUUCAAUGGUUGGAUCUCCAGAUUAUAUGGCUCUAGAAGUUUUAGAAGGAAAAAAAUACGAUUUUACCGUGGACUAUUGGUCGUUAGGUUGUAUGCUUUUCGAAAGUUUAGUUGGUUAUACACCAUUCAGUGGAUCAUCAACCAACGAGACGUACGAUAACCUGAGACGCUGGAAACAAACUUUAAGAAGACCCAGACAGUCAGAUGGGAGGGCAGCAUUUUCUGAUAGAACAUGGGACUUAAUAACAAGAUUGAUAGCUGAUCCAAUCAAUCGGUUGAGAUCUUUCGAACAUGUUAAACGCAUGCCAUAUUUUGUAGACAUAAACUUUAGUACGUUGAGGUCAAUGAUCCCCCCUUUUACACCUCAACUAGAUAGCGAAACUGACGCAGGUUAUUUUGAUGAUUUUACUAGUGAGGCCGAUAUGGCAAAAUACGCUGAUGUAUUCAAGAGACAGGACAAGUUAACAGCUAUGGUGGAUGAUUCAGCAGUAUCGUCGAAGCUAGUCGGUUUUACUUUUAGGCAUAGGAAUGGCAAACAAGGUUCCAGCGGUAUUCUCUUCAACGGAUUGGAACAUUCAGACCCAUUCGCCACCUUUUAUUGA